AUGUUAUUUAAUGCCGACAAAUUCUUUAUUGCUAGUUAUAUUUUCUAUCUAUCUAUCUAUCUAUCUAUCUAUCACAAUAUAUAUUGUUUUGGUUUAAUUUUUAUUGCUGGUAAUAUCUAUCUAUCUAUCUAUCUAUCUAUCUAUCUGCCUUCUAUUUCUAUGUUUAUUUUUUUGUUUGUUUGUUUCUUUUUUUCUUUCUAUCUAUCUAUCUAUCUCAGUCUAUUUAUAUCUAUCUAUCUAUCUAUCUCAAUAUAUAUUGUCGCUUUCUUCACUGUUUCUAUUUUUUUGUAUCUUUCUUUUAUUUACCAUUUCUUCCUUUCUCUUUGCAUAUUUUUCAUACUUCUUCACUUUUUUCUUUUAUUUGUUUUUUUUAUUGCCUCUUUUAUUUUUAUUUUGCUUCUUCUUCUUUUACAUUAUUUUUCAUUUCAUUUUUUUUAUUUAUUUAUUUUCCCUCUCGUAAUUGAUUUUAUUCUUUGCCAUUUUCUUUUUUUCUCAUUCCAUUCUACGAAAUAUUUUAAUUUUUAUAUCUUUUCUUCUUCAGUUUCUUUUACUUUUUUUUCGUUUAUUCUAAAUUAUCUAUUGUUUAAUUUUUUCUUUUUCUUUUCUCCUUUUUUUUUGUAA